GAUUACCUACUGUUGGAGAGGGCAGCAGCAGCCAGAAAACGCCAACAGCAGUGGCUGCAGGAAAAAAAGUGGAAAGUUUGUGCUGAAAUUGGUUGCAAAUGAAAAUAAUCGAUGGCGAAGAAGAGUGACAGAUUCCAUGCCCGAUGAUUAGGGAGGAGAAAAUCCUUGCUGUCAGAUUGUUGUUGCGGAAAAAUAGUUUAUCGAUUGGCCUGCUGCUGCUGUCGACGAGUGGAACAGUGUAGUGUUCUCUACAGCAGCCUGAAAAAUGUCGAAUUGAUUCACGUUUUCCGUGUUCGUUUUGUAUAAAGAAAUAGUGAUUUAGUGUCAGUUGAAGAAGAAGGAAGAUGGGAAUUCCUGCAGCAUUAAUAGAGUGAGUGAGUGUUCAGAAGGAAGCAGUAAUCGAGUAUCGAGAGGAAACAGUUCUAGGAUUCUGUCCGGAAACUUUCCGGAUUCCAUUCCGGGAGGGUUCUACUGCUUUGUCCGAUUGCGUUUCGUGCACACACACACACAUCGAUACACGCACUGCUCUGCGGUGUGUUAUUGAUCAUCUGCUGCAGAGGAAUAAUACGUGCACAGCCGCAUAGCUCGAAGGUUUCACCUUCCCUGCUUUGUAUCUACUAACAAGCCACGGAUAAACGGACGGACAACCGAAGCAGUCUCAAUUCCUUCCAAGAUAAAAAAGCAACAUCAUCUGAACCACCCAAGACAGACGUCAUAUUCCUGCGACUGCUCACAGCUAAGCCAAGUCAUAUCAGAGCACCGAUGCAACAUCGUUGAAACGUGAGCCCAAAAAAGGCUAUUUCGCCUAGAGAGUUGCUGCAGACUACGCGCCAAGAAGAGAGUCCUCAUUUCAGUAUCAGUAGUGACCGGCGUUAGUGACUUCCCUCUAUCUCUCUGUCCUCUCCUUCCUGUCCAAUCGUGCUUGAGUUUCUCUCAACCGUUGAUUUCUUUUUUGUUUUUCCUAAGAUUGCCCAUUGCAGUUCUCUCGUUUCCUAUUUUGUUUCGUAUGAUCAACCAUCGGCGGUUCCCUCUUCCAGUGUUCCGUUUGUGAUAAUGUAUUGUAACGUAGAUCCGCUGGCAAGCAACCACUUUGAGAACGUUUAUCUGAGUCAAGCAAGUGGAAACCGUCGACGAGUGUCCUCGAGCGAAGAGUCCUCAAAGGAUAUUCUCAAUAGGACAUACGACGACGGUAAUAGCAGUAGUCUUAGCCCAUUCGAGUUUAUUAGCAGUAUACCUCACACGAAGAAGACAUCCCUAGUUGCCGUUGGCGCGGUUGGAAAUCAAAUUUCCACACGCUGUUAGUUUAUUAUCGGAGAAUUUAAUUAGUAUCCAUUUAUUAAACGUAACAUUUGAUCUUGUUUUGUGUCGAGUUUCCUUUUUCCUUGAACUUACUUUUUCAGCCGCAAGACAUAAGGCAUUUUAUUGAGAUUUCCUAGUUCGUAAGACCCCCUUAACUAGACUUAGCGAAUCGCGAGAAACUAUAAUCAAAGAGAUAUAAAUAUAUUAGCUACAAACAUACAUUGAAUUAUUAAAAUCCCAAUAUAUCGACUUUAGUUAGUUAAGGCAACUGUGCUAAUUAUUCCCUCCUUCUGAAACGUCUGAAUCAAUCUAAUCUGAGUGUAAGAAAAUACCAAAAACAAAAACAACUGAAUCAAGAGAACUGUAUUUAGGCAUAGUGAUUUGAGAAGAUAACCUUAUCUCCACUGAUUGGUUUUUCCUAAUUUUAAUUUAUCAUUUCAAUUACUAUCCUUACCCUGAAUCCUUCGAGCGUCUCGAUUAAAACAGAACAUCUUAUUAUUAUUUUCUCCAAAGAUCCCGAAAACUUGUCCUAGUCCUACGCUUAAAAACUACUAAAACUUGCGCGAGAAAAUCCAAACAAUAGAAGGAAGCAACUAAACUUCGUCUGCAGUUCUAUUCGUCGGACUUGAGUGUGUGUUUGUGUGUGUCACAGUGAAAUCAAAAAAGAAGAAAAAUCUGCCGAAAAAUAAUAAACUCAGAGGUUUUUUCCCCAAAUUUCCCUCUCGUCCGUGUUGAAUUUAUCCAGGUGGAAAACCGUUCGGGAACAACAACAAAAAUACCAACUACGACAACAACAACAACUACAACAAUACCCACGAAUAAUGCCGCAAUAAUGCUGUACAAAUGGGAGCAACAAAAAGAGCAUGUUUUAGCAGAAGCAAUUCAGCCCAACCAGCAUCGUCUGUAAACAGUCACGACACACCGCAGAGCACACGAAGUUCGGCGAAUCCCAACAACAACAACACUAACAACAACAAUCGUGUGCGAAGACUGCGUUCUGCAAGUACUCAGUCGAAUUCGGCGGCCAAUUUGAACAGUAUCAACAACAACAACAACAACACCAACCACAAUUCCGGCCCCGGUGCCAACUCGAACAACAGCGUCACCACCAACAACAGCACCAGCCGGCAUCCCCCGAAUCGUUCCACUGCCGGAGGACAUCAUCGGGCAUCUGCAGCCACCGGAACGAACACUGCAGCAAACACGGGUGGAAUAAUCUCAAGAGUGUUUGACAGUAGUAGCCACGCAGCAUCAGCAGCAGCGACGACGACGACGACGACUACGGCCGGAAGCAACAAUAACCGUGGGUCAUCGAGUGAGAAGAGACCAUCUCUCGCCGCCAGCACCGCCAGCACCACCACCAACAACAACGGCAAAAACGACAAUGACAAGAUGGAUGAGAGAAGGCAAUCGCAACCGAAAACCCCAACCAAAGCCCCGCAGCGUGAAUCAACUCCCGUUCGGAAAAAGCCCAUCAUCAACAACAGCAACAGCAUCGAUCAGCAGCAGCGGUCGAACAGUGUUGAUCGGGAACAGGAGUCACCCAGGAAAAGGACACCUCCCUCGGACUCGGAAACGGCCACCAGUCCGCCGUCGGAUAAGAAGGAACUACUCGAUCUGGAACCGAAACCUCGAACCAAGGCACUUACCAACGAUUCCGGGAUAGACGGCGAACAGCUUCCGCAUCCGGAUGAGGAGGUCGAAGAAAACCAUAAGGAAGAAUCGGCAACGGUGGUCGAACGGAGACGGUUGAGUUCCACAAUGGAAUCAAGCACUACGGAUGGCGGCCUGCUGCGAAAGCGUCUGGAUUCGUGCGAAUCGGACGGUUCCGUUGGCCGAACGAAUUUGCGUUUCAUUCGUAAGAGUCUGGAAAACACCCUGGCGGUAGCCUACUCGAAGAACUUCAUCGAUAACGAUACCAUCGAGACGGAAUAUCCACGCAACUAUGACGACAACAUCGAGAUCCUGAGCCGGGAGGCGGAAAAUCUGGCGUUGCAGUUCAAACCUUCCGAGGAGAAGCUGGUCCAGUAUGGACCGAUUUUCGAUCUGGAAAAGUUCGAAGAGCAACGGAAACAGCAGAAGAAGGAAGACGAUGAGGACGAAGCGAUUGGAAUUUCGCCGUGCGGUAGGUUCUUGAAGUACGACAAAGAAGUUGGACGGGGCUCAUUCAAGACGGUUUACCGCGGGUUGGACACGCAGACCGGUGUCGCGGUGGCGUGGUGCGAGUUGCUGGACAAAAAGGUAAAUCGAGUCGAGCGAGCUCGAUUCCGCGAGGAAGCGGAAAUGCUGAAGAAGCUGCAGCAUCCCAAUAUUGUGCGGUUCUACAACUACUGGGAAUCGCCACCGACCGGUGGCAACAAGAAGAAGAACAUUGUUCUAGUGACGGAACUGAUGCUGUCCGGUACCUUGAAAUCGUACUUGCGUCGCUUCAAGAAGAUCAACCCGAAAGUGCUGAAAUCCUGGUGCCGGCAAAUUCUGAAGGGGUUGUACUUUCUGCACUCACGUGCCCCGCCCAUCAUCCAUCGUGAUCUGAAAUGUGAUAAUAUAUUUAUAACCGGAACGACAGGGAGUGUAAAAAUUGGAGAUCUUGGGCUAGCCACGCUGAAGAACCGGAGCUUUGCCAAAUCGGUGAUCGGUACGCCGGAAUUUAUGGCUCCGGAGAUGUACGAGGAGCACUACGACGAGGCAGUCGAUGUAUACGCCUUCGGGAUGUGCAUGCUGGAGAUGGCCACCAGCGAGUAUCCGUACAAUGAGUGCAAUACGCCGGCGCAGAUCUACAAGAAGGUGACGUCUGGUAUCAAGCCGGCCAGCUUGGAGAAGGUAGAGAACCCGGAAGUGCGGGAGAUCAUCGAACGGUGCAUCCAUGACAAGAAGGAAGGCAGGCCGACGUGCAAGGAGUUGCUGAACUUUGAGUUCUUUUGCGAAGACAUCGGCGUACGGUUGGAGCCGAUUUCGAAGGAAAGCUUCAUUUCGAACCCGGACAGUACGAAGAUGGAGUUCCGGUUGAGAAUCAUGGAUCCCAAGAAGAGAGUCAAUAAGCAUAAGGAAAAUGAAGCGAUUCAGUUCGAUUUCGAUUCAAGGGUGGACGAUGCGGAUGAAAUAGCUAGUGAUAUGUACAAGAGUGGGAUACUGAUGGAGGAAGAUUCGAAAACGGUGGCGAAGAUUCUAAAGGUGCAGAUUCAAACGUUGGUGAAGGAGAAAGAGGAACGGGCCAGGCAAAUUCAGUUGGAGAAGGAAACAGAGGCAUUGCAGAAGCAGGCGAUGCUAGCUCAACAAAUGUAUGCUAGUCAACAGAGUCAGGUGGAAAGUGAAGGACAACCUUUGGAAUUGCUUGUCCCGCAGAUGGUCGGAGGAGUCCCGAUUCCUCAACUUCAGCAACAAGUUUACUAUCAGCCAGCUUCGCUACCUUCGUCGCAGGCUCAACAAAUCAUCUAUCAACAGCAAAUGUCCGCUCCUGUCGGAAACGAUCAGCUCAUACAGAACUACCAGAAUCAAGUUGGUCAGUUUUUGAAUCAGCAACAAGCCGCCCAACAGGUCAUGCAACAGCAGCAGCAACAGUUCCUUAACCAAAUUCCUCAGAUGCAACAAAUCCCGUGUAGUGUACCUCAGCAAACUCAAACAAUUCAACAACAGACGGUCGUACAGGCUGUCCAGCAACAGCAACAACAACAACAACAAUCCCCUCAGCAAGUAUUUAUAGAUGCCCAACAACAACAGCAGUAUAUCCAACAAAUGCAACAACAACAAGCGCUAAUUCAACAAAUGCAGCAGCAACAAAUUCCCAUUCAGCAGGCGAAAACUGUGCCACAACAGUAUGUGAACCAAAUGUCCCAGCAACAACAGCAGGUAAUACAACAACAAAUGCUCCAGCAGCAGUUACUUCAGCAGCAGCAGCUCCAACAGCAGCAAAUGCAACAGGCUGCUAUCCAGGAUCAAUUUCCUACUCUUGAACAGCAACUGCAAGCGGUUCUUCCUAUUCAUUCACAGCAACCGCCACAACAACAACCACCCCAGCAACACUAUCAACAACCUCCGCAGCAGCAACAGCAACCUCAAAUGACACACGGCCAAUCUAUGCAGGCCGCUCAACUACAACAACAACAACAGCAUCAAAUACAAAUUCAACAACAGAUCCAGGAACAAAUGCAACUUCAGCACAGUUUGUCCAAUCAGGUCAACAUGGUUCCCACUGGAACCCAGCAAAUGGUCAUCAAUCAACAGCAACAACCGCAACCGCAACCCCAACAGCAACAACAAUUUGUUAAUCAAGCUGUAGUAAAUCACGUUCAACAGCAACAGCAACAACAACAACAACAAAUUGCACAACAAGUGAUUCAAAGUUCCCCUCCUCAGAUACAGCAGCAAAUUCAACAACAACAACAGCAGCAAAUUCAACAACAACAACAGCAGCAAAUUCAGCAACAGCAACAACAACAGCAACAACAACAACAAAUGCAGCAACAACAGCAAAUUCAGCAACAACAGCAACAAAUUCAGCAGCAGCAGAUCCAACAACAACUAUUUCAACAACAGCAACAGCAACUUCAACAACAACAGCAACAACAACAACAACAGCAGCAACAGCAACAACAGCAGAUCCCCCCUCCUAAACCCACGGAAAAUCAAAUUCCAGAGCCGGUCCGCUCGGAUUCACUUCCUCCUGUACCGGUGGAAGUCAUCCAGCAGCCUCAACUCCAACCUCCACCCCAACAACAACAACAACAGCAAGCUCUUCCCCAACAACCACAACAACCAACACCCUCAACUGCACCAGCCCCGGUUCAAUCGUCCCAACCCCAGCAGCUGCCAGCGCAACCGGCGGCGCAGCCAGCCCAAAUGCCCCCGCUAGUAGAUCCAACGGCAUCGCCCGGAGUUGGCAUACCUCCUACGCCGCAAGCUGCUAUCCCCAAGCGGCUAACGAACGAGGGUUCCAAAAAACGUCGAAACUACCGCUCGACCGAGCGCAAUCCGAAGCUGCAAGUGCUGGGAUUCGAAAACAACAUCGUCGAGUGCGAGAUGGAGAACCGACCCAAGACCAUCACGUUUAAGUUCGACGCGAACAAUGUCAACCCGGUGGAAGUGGCACAGGAUUUGGUGUCCAAAGACCUACUGACAGAGGCGCAAAGUUUGGUAUUUAUCGACAUGGUACGCGACAUCUUGCGGCAGUUGAAGGAAAAUCCGCAUCAACUGCCGGUGGCAUCGCAGAGCUGCCGAAGGAAUACCGCCGAGAAGGUGCGCCAUGCGUCUCUCACGCGUCAACGCUCGAACUUUAAGACACACCAGAGACAUAGAUCACGCGAUGAAACCUCUUCGACCGGUUCGAACUUUUCCCACAUGUUCGAUCCGACGAUAAUCGAUCGGCAAGCGCUGGCUACGGCCGUGUCCAGCACAACGAAUUCAUCGGCUUCUUCAUCGCCACUGUCACAGCAGCAACCCGGUCCAGCCGGUUCCGGUAUCAACGGGGACCUGCAGAAGACGAUGUCCGUCGACAGCAACGGUAGCGUCACGGGGAAUAGUGGUUCUGACUCGACGAUACAACAUGGUUCCAAAGGGGAUUUGAAAGAUAUUGUCACGAUCGGGGAUCUGAGUGGUGGAACCGGAGAUUUGACGACCGUUACCAACGUAGUGAUGGAUGAUGGAAAUAAUGAUAACAACAGUAGCUGUGAUGAAAAUUCCAGAAAGACCAGUACGAUAAGUACGGAUUAUACAUCGCAUGAAAAUACCCCGGAAAAUACGAUUACGCCGGGUAGCCAGAUGCAGCAGCACUUUGUGUAUAACGAUCUGGAGCAGGAUAUGGGUGGAGCUGCUGCCGCUGCCGCACCUGCUGCUUCCUCGGGAUGUCAGGAAGCAGACAAAACUGAUCAGUGUAUUAUUACAGUGCCAUUAGCCAGUAACGAUGAGAAUAACAAACCCACUAAUACUACUACUACUAACAGUAAUACUGAAAUUUCAUCUAGUCAACAAGUUAGUAACCAGGAAGUAUCUACUUCUGCUACUAGUUCUACCGCAACUCCUACCCCUAUUUCUAACAAUGCAAGCACUAGCAAUGGUCCCGUUGAUUCCCCGAGUACUGAAAACAGGCAACCGAUACGGGAAAGGAAGAUGUCUCGAUUUUCCGUUACGCCCGUAGUUCUUCCGACAGAGGACAUGAAAUCAGCUGCCCUAGAAUCGCCCAGACCAGGGGAAAAUAAUGAAAUUCCAUCUCAAGUUCCUGCUGCGGAAGCUGUUGCUCCGAAUGUCGAACCGCAAGUCCCCCAGCAACCAACGGAUGUUCCACCGGAACAGAUUAAUGUGCAAGCUUCGAAUGAAGUCCUUCAGCAGCAAAUGCUCAUGCAACAACAGCAACAGAUGGAAAUGUAUCAGCAGCAGCAGCAGCAAAGAUUACUGAUGGAACAAAAGGAAGCGGAAAUGCGUCAGUAUCAAUACCAGAUGCAACAGCAACAGCAGCAGCAGCUUCAGUUCCAGCAACAACAGCAGCAGCAGCAGCAGCAACAAAUCAUCUCAGAAGUAACAGCUGCUGAGUACGAACAACAGCUGUAUCAGCAGCAACAAUACCAGCAAGCAAUUCUCCAGCAGCAGCAGCUACUGCAACAGCAACAACAAGCACAACAGCAGCAACAGCAACCACAAUCACAACCAGCUUCGGUUUCAUCUCAAACCUCACUUGAUCACGCAUCACGUGAUUCCCAGCCUAGUCGCAUGCCAGAAACCCUCGAACAGUUGAAAAUAGGUCUCGAAAGCAUUACACACGUUCACGUGAUUACGAGCAAACCGUCGUCAUCUUCAUCGUCCACACAUUCGGUCCAACAACAACAGCAGCAACAGCAACCGAUCCAGCAGCCAGUUGAUUCCCAAGGUCAACUUCCGCCCAAUGAUUAUCUCGUCCAGCAGCAACAACAACAGCAGCAAACCUACCAAGCACAAGAGUUCGUACCGGAUGUCCAACCGGAAGUGGUUCAGGAGUAUGUGAUAGAUGGCAACACGGCGUAUUUAGAGCAACAGCUGCAACAACAGCAACUUCUUCAGCAGCAACAGCACUUGCUAAAUACACUUCCAUCGUCCCAGGACAUCUCGAUGUACAACUCAAGACGCACGUCGGCCGAUAUAAACGUCCAACCGGGCACCGAUCAGCAGCAGCAGCAUCAGCACAUUCAACAAACGCAACCCGGAUCCAUACCAACCUCAGUGACGGCUGUCAGCGCUGCCGGCAGUGAUGCCAGCACUCCCAACCUGCGGGAUCAGGAGAAACGGUUGUCCAAUCAGGGUAGCGUCGAUCGGAUAGAUAGUUCUGGAAACAAUUCGUUGGCUGAUCUCCAUCAAAAAUUGGCUCAAUUGACGUCCGCUCAAAUCAACGAGCCACCCGUAGUGCAGCAGCAUCCGAAGCCUCCGCAGCUGGCUGCGUUCGAACAGCAGCACCUUCAGACACAGCAAAAUUCAACGGUGACGAGUCCUUCGGUGGAAUAUUCUGAACCCAAGUUCCCGAAUGAUGCGAAGCCUAUGGUUCGUAAAGUGUCUCGCUUCCAGGUGCAAACCGUGCAAGAAUCUUCCAAAACAGAUCAAACACCACCACAGCUGCAGCAGCAGCAGCAGCAGCAACAACAACAGCCUAUUCCGAAUUACUCAUCGCCUACGGAUGAAAAGUCCUGCCAGACUUUCCCUGCCCAACAACAGCAGAUGCAACAACAGCUGGUCUGCGAAGUUCCCACUACCAAUGAUCUGGAGGCCAAGCUCAACCUGGUGAUACCGAAAACACCCAACAUGGAAGCUGUUCAACCGAACUUUGCUGCAGCUCUACAACAACAGCAACAACAGCAGCAACAACAACAGCAGCAACAACAACAGCAACAACAACAACAGCAGCAGCAACAACAACAGCAGCAGCAGCAGCAAAUUCAUCAACUUCAACAAAUGCAACAACAACAACAACAGAUGCAGCAACAGAUUCCUCAACAGCAGCAACAACAACAACAACAACAACAACAACCACCACAGCCAAUGAUUCCAGUAGUUCCUAUGCAACAGCAGCAACAAACAGUCCAUCAACAGCAACAGCAAAUUCUUCAACAACAACAAGCGAUAUUGCUCCAACAACAGCAGCAACAUCACCUUCAGCAACAACAGCAACAGCAACAGAUGCAGUCUGUCCAACAACAAAUGCAAUCGCAACAGAUUCAUCAACAGCAACUACCACAGCAGCAGCAGUAUCAACCUGUGGUACAGAUGCAGCCGCCAGUGCAGCAGAUCUCACAACAACAACAACAACAACAACCGGUUGCAGUUCAGCAACAACAACAGCAGCAGCACCAGCAACAACCGACGAUGAUGGCUGCUACAUUGCCACCAGUAGUUACGCAGAUGUCAUCGCAGCAGAUGGUGCCGGUGCAGAAUGCGAGCAACACCGUCGCAGUCUACUCGGAACAGAAUGCCAUGGAGUCGUUCACCAGCGAAGACAUCGGCCAGAACCUGGUGGCCAUCCAGAAUCAUUUGCGAAGUUUGCAGCUGAUGCCCAGUGCUCGACAGCAGUUGCAACUGUUGCUCCAGCGUCAGCAUAUCGAACACGAAGAGCUGAAGUUGCGCCAUUUCCUCGAGCUGGAAAAGUUCCUCAAACAGCAAAAGGAGGACAUGAAAGCGGCAGCGCAACAGCAGCCGGCUGCACCGCAACCGCAGCCGCAGCAACAACAACAGGUGCAAGUACCGAUGCAGGGCCCCGGUCCACAGCAGCAGCAGCAGCAGCAGGGGCCUGUUAUCACGGACAUCACAUCGCCGACGCUUACCGUAAGUCGAGGCUUCGAUCAGAAUACGAUCACCACUCCUUCCUACAACAACUACAGCACGAUCGGUAGCUCCAGCAGUGGCGGCAGUGGUCCCGAAUUGAUCGAGCUGGACGCGUCGUUGACGAUCGUUAACGAAACGAACAAAUAGACAAAUAACCCAACCCUGCUAAUUUAUAGUGUGACACGAGGGGGUAAUGCAAAACAAAGCAAAGUGGUAGUUUUAGUGGUUCGUUUUUAGGGUGUUUUUUCUUCCUAGAGGAAUUUAAUUGCUACUGCUUGUGAGCAUUGUUUUUUUUUUUAUGAACGUACAUAUAUUUAUCUAGAGGUAUAUAUAGAAGCCACAUUUUAUUGGCUUUUCGUUUCUCCUUCACUUUUCCGGGGCUGCUGGUUGGCUGUUGAAUAACGCUUUCGUCGUUCAUCUGAAACCGAAAAUGAAAAGAAAAUGAAGAAUAUCCUAAACGAGCCCAAAUAACCUACCUUUCGACAGACACACUCUACCAGAGGAAAUACGAAACGAUGCGCGCAACGAUUCCAUUCCAGUUUCAUCCCAGAGAAGAAAAAAAUAUCGCUGCGAGUUGACUGCAUAGUUUUGGUCUUGAAACUUUCACCCUUCCUUGUAUAGUUGAUUGCAUGCUCGCUUUUGGGAACUGAGGGACAUAAUUUGACCGAAUCCUGUGGUCCGUAGGAUGGUGAACUUUGUUAAACCAAUAGAUGUUUGGCGUUAACUUUAAUCCUGCAAUUUCCGGUGCACACAACUUUGCUAUUUUCCGGAUGUUCAAUGCUUUUGUUAGGUAACGCCCUUUGGUUCCCGUCAAUGAAUACAAGUUCGACUAGAGGGACGACGGUGUUUUUUGAAACAUAAAACAAAUAUUGCUGUUAAUCGUAUAGAGAGAAAAGAAAUGAUAUUUACUCACAAAGAAAAUACACACACUUACUGCAAAAUGGUAAAAAGAAUUGUAUAAACAACAAAAACACAAACACAUACAAGUGUGCAUAUUUUAUAUUCGGAUAACUAAGUAAAAUAAUCGAUAGGCGCUUUAGUUUCUAGACGAAAACAAAAUAUAAACGUAUGCAUAUUCCGCAGUGAUUGAGAAGCAACACGCGCACGAAAGUGUUUGGUUCCACUCACUAGAGACACGUCUGUUGAGUAUCCGGCUAGUGUGCAUAUUAUCCAUACCGGCAGUGGUGAAUUCGAGGAUCACGCACUGCUUUACGACAGAUUUGAAAUUGAAUUUACUGAAUUCCUUGCGCUUGCUGACGAGAAACCUAAAUGUGUGUCAUUUCUCCCUCGCAACGAUGGUGUGUAAAACUUAUCUCAUCAUUUUGCUUCACAUCUAGGUACAUGUUUGGUAGAAAUUUUGUAUAGGAAAAACUGAAACGUGGAACGCGGAGUCUGCCACUCGUGUUGUCGUCGUCGUUCACUUGGAAAAGGGAAAACGGUAUGAGAGGCAGAAAUUGAGUGAAAGAAGAACGAUAUGAACGAUUGUUGAUGGUUUAUCAUAAACCGCUUUCUUAGCUAGUGGACGGAAGAAAACAAAAAGUUUAAAUACUACGCGGAAAGUAACACGAAGGAGACUUAUGAAAUAGGAACGGAAGGUAAGCAAAGAAUAGGAAAGAGUAAAAUAUUCAUCGCUAACGACCCAAAUUUAGUAGGGUUGAUAUUACUUUAUUGUAUUAUAUAUUAUAUUAUCUAUAUUAUAUGAAAUGAAGAAUAAUUAAGAUAUUAAAUAUCUACUAAAAUGGAUAAAAAAGCAAAA